AUGCAUUCGCGCGUCCUCAUCCAGCUAGCCAGCCCACUGACACCCUCCCUUUUGGGACACCACACCGCCCGUGGCUGUGUCUCUGGCCUGGCUCACUCAGCAAAUCACGCAUGGUUGCACUCCUUCAUUACCACCAUACCAUCCACCACCAUCAUCAUCAUCAUCGUUCUGCUCCUCGUCCAUCAUCAUGAUCCAUACCAACAUCCUCGUCUACUUACCUACCUAGUCUAUCUGUUAGUCAUCGCUGAUCCAAUGCAACUCCAACAGACAGACAGCACACGAACCAAACCCACGCGGUGCUCGCUCCGAGGCAAUUGACAAGCACGCCGUCACCCAACAUCAAUCUCGUGGUAAUCCCCACAGAACUACAGACCUUCUACACCAGUUACUCACUCGUCCGUUCGUUCGUUGCAUGUGCGCCAUUCGAACCCUGCCUCUACAUCCGCAUUCGCCCUGCUUGCACAUGCGCACACACACAUGCAUAUGUACAUAUAUACACAUCGCCAAAAAAGCAACCACUCCCGCAUCUGCAAUAUAUUGACCGUUACAAUCAGUCGCUGUCCACAUGUCCAAUACCCUCGGUAUGCAUCUUGCCUGCAUGCUUAGUCUCUCUGCCCAGCUGCCUUGCUCCAUCCUCGCGUCAUCUCUCGCCUCUCUCUUUCUCGCUCCAUCCAAUCCAGCCCACAGUUCCCCCAUUGGCUCAAACACCCCCGAGAAUAUCUGGAACAUGGAAAAACGAUUCCAUGCCCCGUGCGCUUUUUCCCGAGCUCGAAACGCAUGGUGUUUCUCAACUCUCGCUCCUGCUGCCGUCUGACAGCCCCCGAUCAAACAACUC